AUGUCAGCUACCUAAACUCUUUAUAACUACUAAUGUACCAACAUGGAACAUAAGGCACCAAUUACUAAUUUUUGUGCUUGUAUUGACUGUCUAAAACCUCUGUGUCCUGAGUGCAUCCAAGAUCAUUACUAAUAUCACAUUUCAGCCAAGACACCAGCUGCCGUCUAAAGCAUCCUUAAUACUAGAACCAAUUGUGAAAGAAAGAUUGCAAAAGCAAUUGAAUAAUUGAAAAAAGAAUAUGAAUAAUAUGACAUUCAAUACAUUUUCAACCCUGAUGAAAUACUUACUCAAGAAAUCUCCAGGAUGAAUGAUGUCAAGUUGCAGAUGUUUGAAAUUAUCAACAUCUUUUUUAAAUAGUAAGAGAAUCUUCUCGAAAACAAAGUGAAAGAAAACCAAUUAAAAGUUAGAAACAUCGGAGGCAUAUUCCAAAAGAUAGAUUCAGUUAUUCAAUAACUGGAAAUGUUAAGAAAUAAUCUUCUGACUAGCCCCGAUCCAUUCACUCACUUUCAUAAAGCGUGUAGACUAGACGUUAAAUCUUUGCUUGAUAGAUAUAAAUCUGAUUUGAAGAAAUCUAUCAAAUCCAAAGAAUUAGGCAAUUAAAUUUAUCUAUUUCUUAGAUCCCAUCAAUGUUCACAUCGAUGA